UCCCGUGGUGAGCGCUGCAGAGCCGUGUAGUGUGUGUCAGGUUUCAUUCUGAGAGAGACUCAAGCGCGCAGCAGUCGGACAAACCCGUCAAAUGGCACGACCGAAGCACACAGACUCCCACUAGAGCCGGAGCUCACUCAACCAUUAUCUCCAUGCACUUGAAUGAGCAGCAUGCCUCAGUUGAGGUCGUUUUGAAGAUUAAUAUUUUCACGUGAAAAGCGGUUUAAUUGCCUGAAAGGAGAACUUUAAUCGGCUUAUUUGAGCACGACCCCGUUCAGUGGUGGAUAAACAUCAUAUAGCCUACAUAAGUCUCACAGACAUGGAGGACAUGAAAUUGCGAGUAUCACCUCAGUCCAGUCUGGAGAGGACCUGCGUUCAGCAUCCCUGCCAAAAGCGCCUUUUGACGAACUGGAAGGACGUGUGUGCAGUCUGCGUGUGUUUGAUCUCGUUUGGAGUUUGUGUGUUGCUCUACCUGAGGACGUCAGAUCUGCAGUCCAGGGUGCUCAGUUUGGAAAAGGACAGAGACCCCCGUAUCUCCAGUUGGAUCUCUCUGGAACAGGUGGAGCCUGUCCUGUGGAGUCGACUGGAUCAGAUAUUAGAGGAGAAAUUAGCAGCACGUCUGCCGAAGAUCCGGGCGGCUCGGGAUGCACCUCACAGCUGCAUCUGUCCACCAGGUCCUCCUGGUCCACCUGGACGAGCAGGCUUUCCGGAGACAUUCCAGACUCUUGACCCUUCCCCAAGCAAAGCUUUCCAUAUUUCACCCAGUGUAAAGCUACAUUGUGCUCCUUUAGAUUCUCACAGGAAGCGUUUUUCACCCUUCAUGCCUUAUCCUUCCCCCCUCCAACCUCCUCCACUGACCAGUCUGUUUGUGAGAAAAGUUAGCAGCCCCCUCAUCUACUAUCCAUUACUCCCCACAGGCCAGCAGUGUAACACUCCAGUGCUUCCGUUCCCCUAUAGCCUCCACCCCUCAACAACCCAAAAUGCUCCAGUACAUCAUUGUGUCCCAUUCUCCCGACCUCCAAACACUCCGUCACAGGCUGCUGCAUGCCCUUGUCCUCUCAGAACCUCGCUAACCCAGGUUCCUCUCUCUGUCUCUCUCCUUCUCACUGUGCAUGUGACUGUGUCUGCUGUGACUGACCAGGGCUUAAAAGGAAACCUGGGGGAGAAGGGAGCGCCAGGAGAGCCAGGUCUGUCUAUCAUUGGCCCACGAGGACCUCCUGGACAGCCCGGUACUAGAGGAUUUCCAGGCUUUCCAGGCCCCAUUGGCUUGGACGGGAAACCUGGACAGAAUGGUCCAAAAGGUGAUAUGGGUCCUCGUGGUCCUAAAGGAGUACCAGGUGAACCUGGUCCAAAAGGAGAGAAGGGUGUAUGUGGUGACUACACUCACAGGAAACGCCGUAUUGUCAACGCCUGUGCUGGAGGACAGGCCAAACAGGGCGAGCCCGGAGCUCAAGGACCACCGGGACCUCCUGGCCCCCCAGGGACUCCAGGCCUAACUGGUACUAGCGGGCCCCCGGGUAAACCCGGAGAACCUGGAAAACCUGGAAAAGACCCAAGAAUGCUACCAGGGUUGAAGGGUGAGCCCGGUGUAUCUGGACAAAAGGGUGAUCGUGGUGAAGCUGGUCCAAGUGGACCUGAAGGCCCCAAGGGGAUUAAAGGAGAUGAAGGAAUGAAGGGAGAGAAAGGCGAUCCUAGUGCUGCAGGAGCUGGCAUCAAAGGAGAACCAGGUGCCCAGGGACAGCCCGGACAAGCUGGACCCAAGGGUGAGAAAGGUGAUCAAGGCAUAAAGGGUGACCAUGGCCAGGAAGGCCCAUCUGGACCAAGGGGUCCACCAGGUCCAACCGGGGAGCCAGGAAAAUCUUUAAUCAACAACAAUGAAAAUGAUAUACGCAAUGUGCAUUUAAUGGGCCCUCCUGGUCUGCCUGGAACUCCAGGGCUUCCUGGGAACCCCGGUUUGAAGGGUGAUGUUGGACUUCCAGGUCCCCCUGGUCUUGAUGGGGAAAAGGGUCCAAGAGGAAAGCCAGGAGAACAGGGACCCUUCGGCCCUCCUGGACCAGAGGGACCUCAGGGAGAAGGAGGAGUCAUAGGCUUGCCUGGGCCAAAAGGAGACAAGGGAGACAUGGGCCCCUCAGGAUCACCUGGUCAGAAAGGUGAACCUGGGGAGAAAGGAGAUAAAGCAGAACUGGUCUAUGGGCCUGCUGGACCUCCAGGACCUGCAGGGCCAGUUGGGCCAUUGGCACCUCCAGGGUUGCCAGGACCAAAGGGAGAACCAGGAAUAGGCCUGAGAGGAGAGAAGGGAUCACCUGGACAGAAAGGAGAGAAAGGAGACAGGGGCCAUCUUGGACUCCCUGGUCUGAUAGGACCGGUUGGAGUACCUGGGCCUGCAGGACCAAAAGGAGAAAUGGGUGAAAAGGGUGAUAUGGGAGUAGCUGGACCAAUUGGGCCUCAAGGCAUUCCUGGUUUAGUAGGACCACCGGGAUUAAAAGGAAACCGGGGGGAGAGGGGCAAGAAAGGCAACAGGGGGGCCAAAGGGGAUAAGGGAGACCAAGGAGCCCCGGGAUUAGAUGCCCCGUGUCCCUUGGGUGAUGAUGGUUUGCCAGUACCAGGGUGUUGGAAUAAAUGACAUUAAUUCCUGAGUGCCAUGUGUGAUUGUAAAUAGAAUAUUUAUUUUUGUACUUUUUUUGCCAUUGAUCUGUUAUAUCGAUGGAAAAUACAGCAAACCAUAAAAAUACUGGCAGGACUUUUGUACAGAUGUUUAUUUUUAUUACUGGUAAUGUUGUUUAUGUAAUGGACUUUAUACUGUACCUAUGCAUUAUGUCAAGAUGUUUUUUUUUUAUGGAGGAAGAAAUAUACUGUGGCAGCAUAUGCAUGAUAUUUGUGCAUUAUGUUAACUGAUAAGUGCCUAUUAACUUAUUGUAUCAUGGUGUUUUAAUGUGUUGUGUCGGACCACGCUGCACUGAUUAGUGGGGCUGGAGUUACAAAUUGGCCUUGUGUGUAAGAGGAAACCCUUUGCUCUGAGAUUAACAUGUUCACACCACACCUAAUGAGCUUACACUGUAACUGCAUAUGUUUACUGAACAUUAAAAUGACUUAUUUCAAAGUCCAUACUACAUGCAGUAGAAUUAUCAAGUCAGUUGUUUUAUAUGAGUUUCAGUGCAUACAUUAUGAACAUUUGCACUGCAUGGCUUAAGUGAGUUUUCUCCAUAUUCACCUGCCAUUUUUUGCCAAAUAUAUUAUUGCAAAUGGCUUUAUGUAAAGAAAAGAAUGACUUAAGUCCACACGCAGUGCUUUGCCUUGAUGGGUUUCAUGUAAAUAUGCCUAAACCUUGCCCUUUGAGCAGCUAUUUUUUCUCUGUUUAUUCUUAUUUCUGGCAAUUUAAUAGCAUAGUCGAUAAAUGUAAUUUACAUACUUAGGCAAUUCAUUUAGUCUUAAUUUAUCUCGUACAUAUUGCUGCUCACUGUCAAGCACAUAUCUGUGUUUGUUAAUAAGCAUCAGCACAACCAUUCAAAAGUUUGGGGUCAGUCUUUUUUUUUUUUUUUUAGAUAAUAGUACUUAAGCAAGG